CUGCCGGGCGCAUACCUUGACGAGGCUGUGAUAAAAACGCGGCGUGUCUUUCGGGAAAAGGGCAUUCCCAAACUUAACUGUUUUGAGUUCUGUCCUUGGCGCUAACGUUCAGCAGUUAUCAUGGUUCGUGAAGUGACCAGUUUGACGGAGUUCCAGGCCAUCCUGAAGGACUCUGGCACCAAGCUGGUGGUGGUGGACUUCUCAGCCACAUGGUGCGGCCCCUGCAAACUGAUUGCCCCCGUGUUUGUAGAACUGUCGGAAAAGGAUGAGAACAAGAAUGUGGUUUUCCUGAAGGUGGACGUGGACGAGGCUGAGGAUGUGAGUUCAUUCUGCAAGAUUAGCUGCAUGCCCACAUUCCACUUCUACCAGAAUGGAGAGAGGGUGGCGGAGUUCUCUGGUGCUAAUGUGGACAAACUGAAGGAGACACUGGCAAAAUACAGAUAAGCCCCACCAACCAAUCCAUGCACACCGUUGUCUAGAAAUCACAGUAGCUACUGCCUCAACUCGGUGUAUGUGUUGACUGUCCUAACAUUAAAAUCCAAAGUAAUGACCACUUUUCA